CCGCGGGCAUGCGCAGUUGGAAUCACAUGGCGGCUCCGGGCUUGAGGCUGAGUUGAGAAUUUACCCGUGGUAACUAUAACAUCUCCCUGGGUGUCGGAAGUCAAAACUGACCUGCAGGAUGUUGGGCUCCAAGAACAUGCCCUGGCGGCGACUGCAGGGCAUUUCCUUCGGGAUGUAUUCGGCCGAAGAGCUCAGGAAAUUAAGUGUUAAAUCCAUUACAAAUCCUCGGUACCUGGACAGCUUGGGAAACCCAUCAGCAAACGGCCUGUACGAUUUAGCUUUGGGCCCUGCGGAUUCCAAAGAAGUGUGCUCCACCUGCGUGCAGGACUUCAGCAACUGCUCCGGGCACCUGGGCCACAUUGAGCUCCCGCUCACAGUGUACAACCCUCUCCUCUUCGACAAACUCUACCUGCUGCUCCGGGGCUCUUGUUUAAACUGCCACAUGCUGACUUGUCCCCGGGCUGUGAUUCACCUCUUAGUCUGCCAGCUGAGAGUUCUAGAAGUCGGGGCCCUACAAGCAGUCUACGAGCUGGAGCGAAUUCUGAACAGGUUUCUAGAAGAAAAUGCUAAUCCUUCUGCCUUCGAAAUUCAGGAGGAGUUAGAACAAUACACAGCUGAAAUCGUGCAGAACAACCUCCUGGGGUCCCAGGGCGCACAUGUAAAAAAUGUGUGUGAGAGCAGGAGCAAGCUCAUUGCUUACUUCUGGAAGGCACAUAUGGCUGCGAAGCGAUGUCCCCACUGCAAGACUGGGCGGUCAGUUGUCCGAAAGGAACACAACAGCAAGUUGACGAUCACAUUUCCAGCCAUGGUGCACAGGAAAGCUGACCAGAAGGACCCAGAACUCGUGGGAAUUGAGGAUGCUCAGAUGGGAAAACGAGGGUACCUGACACCCAAUAGCGCCCGAGAACAUCUUUUUGCCCUUUGGGAGAGUGAAGGAUUCUUUCUGAAUUACCUUUUCUCGGGACUGGAUGAUGUUGGCACGGAGUCCAGAUUCAACCCCAGUAUGUUCUUUCUAGAUUUCUUGGUGGUGCCGCCCUCAAGGUAUCGCCCUGUCAGUCGCCUGGGGGACCAGAUGUUCACCAAUGGCCAGACGGUGAAUUUGCAGGCCGUCAUGAAGGACGUCGUUCUGAUUCAAAAGCUUCUGGCAUUGAUGGCCCAAGAACAGAAGCUGCCAUGGGAUGUGGCCUUGCCCACCACCAAUGAGGAAAAAGACUCUUCGAUUGCUACUGACCGAUCCUUUUUAAGUGCACUUCCAGGCCAGUCCCUCACAGACAAACUUUACAACAUUUGGAUUCGCCUUCAGAGUCACGUCAAUAUUGUGUUUGAUAGUGAGAUGGACAAAUUAACACUGGAAAAGUACCCAGGCAUUAGACAGAUCCUAGAGAAGAAGGAAGGCCUGUUCCGAAAGCACAUGAUGGGAAAGAGAGUGGACUACGCAGCCCGCUCGGUCAUCUGCCCAGAUAUGUACAUCGGCACCAACGAAAUUGGAAUUCCCAUGGUGUUUGCUACAAAACUGACCUACCCUCAGCCCGUUACCCCCUGGAAUGUUCAGGAACUGAGGCAGGCAGUCAUCAAUGGCCCCAACGUGCACCCGGGAGCCUCCAUGGUCAUCAACGAGGAUGGCAGUCGCACAGCCCUGAGUGCCUCGGACAUAACCCAGCGGGAAGCCGUGGCCAAACAGCUUCUGACGCCAGCCACGGGGGCACCUAAGCCCCAGGGGACAAAAAUUGUAUGUCGGCACGUGAAGAACGGGGACAUUCUCCUACUGAACCGACAGCCCACCCUGCACAGACCCUCCAUCCAAGCCCACCAUGCUCGCAUCCUGCCUGAAGAGAAAGUCCUACGGCUCCACUAUGCUAACUGCAAGGCCUACAACGCCGACUUUGACGGAGACGAAAUGAACGCCCACUUCCCCCAGAGCGAGCUGGGCCGGGCCGAGGCCUAUGUCCUGGCCUGCACUGAUCAGCAGUACCUUGUUCCCAAGGAUGGCCAGCCAUUGGCAGGAUUGAUCCAGGAUCAUAUGGUGUCAGGUGCAAACAUGACUACUCGGGGUUGCUUUUUCACCCGGGAACAAUAUAUGGAGCUGGUAUACCGAGGACUCACAGACAAAGUGGGGCGUGUGAAACUCUUUCCUCCUGCCAUCCUGAAACCCUUUCCACUGUGGACAGGAAAGCAGGUUGUGUCAACGCUGCUCAUAAACAUAAUCCCAGAGGACCACAUCCCACUGAAUUUAUCUGGAAAGGCGAAAAUCAGUGGGAAAGCCUGGCUGAAGGAAAAUCCUCGACACGUUCCCGGCUUUAACCCUGACUCAAUGUGCGAGUCCCAGGUCAUCAUCAGGGAAGGGGAGCUGCUCUGCGGGGUGCUGGACAAGGCGCACUACGGGAGCUCCGCCUACGGCCUGGUCCACUGCUGCUACGAGAUCUACGGUGGUGAGACCAGCGGCAGGGUUCUCACCUGCCUGGCCCGCCUCUUCACUGCCUACCUGCAGCUCUACAGAGGCUUCACCUUGGGUGUGGAGGACAUUUUGGUGAAGCCAAAGGCAGACGCCAAGAGACAGGAGAUCAUUGAAGAAUCCACCCACUGUGGGUCCCGGGCUGUCAGGGCUGCAUUAAACCUCCCAGAAGCCACAUCAUGUGAUGAGGUCCGAGAGAAAUGGCAGGAUGCCCAUUUGGGCAAAGACCAGAGGGAUUUUAACAUGAUUGAUCUGAAGUUCAAAGAGGAAGUGAACCAUUACAGCAAUGAGAUUAACAAGGCAUGCAUGCCUUUUGGCCUGCACAGACAGUUCCCAGAGAACAACCUGCAGAUGAUGGUGCAGUCGGGAGCCAAAGGUUCAACCGUGAACACAAUGCAGAUCUCGUGCCUGCUGGGCCAGAUUGAAUUGGAAGGUCGGAGACCCCCGCUGAUGGCAUCUGGCAAGUCCCUGCCCUGCUUUGAGCCUUAUGAAUUCACCCCCAGGGCUGGUGGCUUUGUCACUGGCAGAUUCCUCACUGGCAUCAAGCCUCCUGAGUUCUUCUUUCACUGCAUGGCGGGGCGAGAGGGCCUGGUCGACACCGCCGUGAAAACCAGCCGCUCUGGCUAUCUCCAAAGAUGCAUCAUCAAGCACCUGGAGGGGCUGGUCGUGCAGUAUGACCUGACCGUGCGGGACAGCGACGGCAGCGUGGUGCAGUUCCUAUAUGGGGAAGAUGGCCUGGACAUCCCCAAGACACAGUUCCUGCAGCCCAAGCAGUUCCCCUUUCUGGCCAGCAACUACGAGGUCUUCAUGAAAUCGAAGCAUCUCCAUGAAGUUUUAUCCAGAGCAGAUCCCCAGAAAGCUCUCCGUCACAUCAGAGCCAUCAAAAAAUGGCAAAGCAAGCAUUCCAGCACCCUGCUCAGAAAAGGCGCCUUCUUGAGUUAUUCCCAGAAGGUGCAGGCAGCUGUGAAAGCCCUAAACCUUGAGGGGGAGAACCGGAACGGCCGCAGCCCCGGGACUCAGCAGAUGUUGAGGAUGUGGUAUGAGUUAGAUGAGCAGAGCCGAAGGAAAUACCAGAAGAAGGCAGCCCCUUGUCCUGACCCCUGUCUGUCCAUCUGGCGCCCAGAUAUCUACUUUGCAUCAGUGUCAGAAACAUUUGAGAAGAAGAUUGAUGACUACAGUCAAGAGUGGGCAGCUCAAACAGAGCAAAGUUACGAGAAAUCAGAGCUUUCUCUCGACAGGCUGAGGACUUUGCUGCAGCUGAAGUGGCAGCGCUCGCUCUGUGACCCCGGUGAGGCCGUGGGCCUGCUGGCUGCCCAGAGCAUCGGAGAGCCCUCCACACAGAUGACCCUGAACACCUUCCACUUCGCAGGCAGAGGCGAGAUGAACGUCACCCUGGGCAUCCCGAGGCUCAGGGAGAUUCUCAUGGUGGCCAGCGCCAACAUCAAGACACCCAUGAUGAGCGUGCCCGUGGUCAACACCAAGAAAGCCCUCAAGAGAGUGAAGAGCCUGAAGAAGCAGCUCACCAGAGUGUGCCUGGGAGAGGUGUUGCAGAGAAUUGACGUCCAGGAGUCCUUCUGUAUAGGAGAAAAACAGAACAAAUUCCGAGUGUACCAGCUGCGGUUUGAGUUCCUGCCACACGCAUAUUACCAGCAGGAGAAGUGCCUGAGACCUGAGGACAUCCUGCACUUCAUGGAAACAAGAUUCUUCAAACUUCUGAUGGAAUCCAUCAGAAAGAAGAAUAACAAAGCAUCAGCUUUCAGAAGCGUAAACACUCGAAGAGCUACACAGCGGGAUCUGGACAGCGCUGCCGAGUCUGGGAUGAAUCGGGGAGAGCAGGAAGGCGACGACGACGAAGAGGAGAGGCACAUUGUGGACGCUGAAGCUGAGGAGGGAGACGCCGAUGCCUCUGAUGCCAAACGCAAGGAGAAGCAGGAGGAGGAGGUCGAUUAUGACAGCGAGGAAGAGGAGGAAAAGGAGGAAGAGGAGAAUGAGGACGAGGACAUGCAGGAGGAAGGGCAUGUCCACAGUGAAGGUGCCCACAAGGCGCAAGAGCAAGAUGAAGAGGUGGGCUUGAGUGCUGAGGAGGACUCGGCCGCGGACACCCCCCUGACACAGCCCCAGAAACCCACCCACAGCCGGGAGCCCCAGGGAGCUGAGGCUGUGGAGCGCCGGAUCCAGGCUGUGUGCAACAUCCACUCGUUCAUAGAGGACUACGAGUACGACACCGAGGAGAGCCUGUGGUGCCAGGUGACAGUGAAGCUCCCUCUGAUGAAGAUUAACUUUGACAUGAGCUCCCUGGUAGUAUCUUUGGCCCAUAGUGCUGUCGUCUACACGACCAAGGGCAUCACUCGGUGCCUCCUGAAUGAAACAACCAAUGAUAAGAACGAGAAGGAGCUUGUGCUAAACACAGAAGGAAUCAACCUCCCGGAGCUGUUCAAGUACUCCGAGAUUCUAGAUCUGCGCCGCCUCUACUCUAACGACAUUCACGCGAUGGCCAACACAUACGGCAUCGAGGCCGCACUACGGGUGAUCGAGAAGGAGAUCAAGGAUGUGUUUGCUGUGUAUGGCAUUGCGGUCGAUCCCCGCCAUCUCUCCCUGGUCGCUGAUUAUAUGUGCUUUGAGGGUGUUUACAAGCCACUGAAUCGCUUUGGGAUCCGGUCGAACUCCUCCCCUCUGCAGCAGAUGUCCUUUGAAACCAGCUUCCAGUUUCUGAAGCAGGCUACCAUGCUGGGAUCCCACGAUGACCUGAGGUCCCCUUCUGCCUGCCUCGUGGUUGGAAAGGUCGUCAAGGGCGGCACAGGCCUGUUUGAGCUCAAGCAGCCCCUGAGAUAGCGGCGACCAUGGCACCUCCUGCCGGGCUGGAGGACCUGGGUUUAUUUACAAGGUUUGCCAGAUCCUCCAAGCGCCUCCACGAUGGCUGCAAUGUCACCUGUGCUGCAGGAGGCCGCGGCAGCAAAGUCCCUAGUGAGAAGCCCCAGGGCUCUGGACUGGGAAGACCAAGGGGGAGCAGUGCUUUGCUGCUGGGGAUCCCAGGCGCCUCCAGGGUAGGGAAAUGAGGUCCCGUUGCUGUGAGCGGCCAGUGACAGCAGGCAGGACUGCUGGGGGCUCCUGAUGUGCAGGAACAUGGAGCUUCUGCCCCAAGGUCUGCUCCUCCCAGCUGCUGUAGCCCCUGGGGCAGAGUCCCCAAAGAGUCCCUACUGACGGCUUCUUCCCUGGGCAAUUACAGGGUGACAGUGUUCCACCCACCCGACUUCUAUGCCUGGGCGGGGCCCUGGCCCUAAUGCUGUGUGGCUGAGGGUUCUUCUAUACCAGAUCAGCCCCAAGGCUGGGGACAGUCACCAGGGCCCCAGCAGCUCACUCCCACCCAUGAAGUCCCAAGUCACUGCUGGGGCGACUGGACAAGUGCCUGGCUUCCCCUGGCUCUGCUGUCAGUUUGGUGUCAGUGCCUGUGUCCCUCCCCACAGGCCCUGCUUUGUCUGGGGUCAUCCAAGCUCCCUCCACCCCGGCACCAGCAGCACACUUCCCUGGCAUGAGCAGAAAAGACAAAGAGGACUUGUACGAAGGCUUUGUAAGACCAGAGGCUGUUUCUAUUUCUGUCUGCUGUUACUCAGGCUGAGUAAUAAACAUCACUGGAACUAGCUGUUAGGAAAGGAAAAAAACUUGGGUUUUGUUGUUUCCCCUUGGUUUGCAGUUUCUGCAUUUGGAUUUGAGAACCCAGGACUAGGAUUUUCUUGGCAGAGUCAGAUCUUGGGUCCUUCUUCCUAUUCUUGUCUGAGGACAUCGGAGGAGAGCUCAGCCCCUGCAGCCUCCCCAGCCUCUGCCCCUGGCUUGUCCCUGCAGUGUCCCCAUCCAGGGCCAGCAGCUGGCGCCGAGGCACAGGGCAGAAGCCUAUGGGAAGGACCUGUGCUCGCCUUGGCCUGGGGUGGGAAGGCUGCCGCCAUGCCUUUGAGAGUGGGCUUGGGGCCACAGGGAGGCCUUGCCUAGAGAGUGACCAUCAUGCUCCCCCAGACACAUGACAGGGCCCACCUUGUACCUCCUAGGCCCGUGCUGGGGAAACCAAUACCCCCUAACAGGUUUGCCAGGGCGUGGGCACAGAGGCAAGUGACAGCUUCGAGGGGGCAGGAAGGGCCACUGUGGACCCCUGCCCUGAAGAGGCCCAGCCUGCAGGGUAAGACAUUCAUUCAUCAAGUUAAAGGGCAAAUUCACCACCUCAUGAUUCCCACUCAUACUAGAAUUGUGAGAGCAGAUCCUCAAAGGAGAUCACAAAGUAAUCUGAAGGCUGUGACGUCUGGUGGAUGCCUGAGUUGUUCAGAGGGCAGGGAGAAGAAGGAGCAGGCCCUGCAUAUUGGCAGGGCUGUGACCAUCACACUUUGAUCAGGGCCUGGACCUGUGUUGGAACCUGCAGGAUGGCCUCCUGCCCUCCUGCUCCCACCCAUACACGGGGAUCCUGGGCAGCUCUGUUUUAUACCUGUUUGUUUCCUGGCAGGUGAGUAUAAGAUGGCACACCUGGUUUUUAAACAGACACUCGGAAGCUUGCACAUCCUGCUGAGCGAGGACUCACUGUGAUCCCCUUACAGCAGCAGUCCCCAGCUUUUUUGGCACCAGGGACUGGUUUCAUGGAAGAC